AUGUAUUCGUCUAUCAAAUUUCUAUCUACAAAAAGUGGAAAGUCUGUUGUGUUGACAGUUGAGUCAAAAUCUUAUAUUUUUAAUUUGUUUGAAGGAUUUCAAAGAUACUGUAUAGAAUCAAAAGUUCAUUUAAAAAAUAUUUGUGCUAUUUUCAUACCUGAUAAAAAAUGUAUUCCACCUCUUUGUGGAUUGUAUUUAACUCUUCGAGACAUGAAUGUUGAAAUUUUAAAGAUUGUCUGUAACUCGAAAAUACAACUUUUAAUAAAAAAAGCUUACACUUUUUGUCCACCCAAUAAAUUACAAAUACAAUUUUAUGAUUUGAAUUACGAUGAUGAAUUUAUUUCUGUAUCAAAAAAAUAUAUUUUACAAAUAAAAAAAUUUAAAGGACGUUUUCGUGUCGAAAAUGUUCCUAGUUGUAUACCAAAAUUUAUGUAUAAAGAUCUUGUGGCUGGCAAAAAGGUACAAAUAAAUGAUAAAGUCUAUAACGGUGAUGAUUAUAUGGAACCUGAUAUUAAAUUUAAAAAAAUUUAUCUUAUAAUUGAUGAUACGUUAACUCCAACCGAGGAAGAUAAAGUAAUUUGUUUUAAAAAAAAGGACUUUUUAAGAUAUCAAUUUAGAGAUCUGUGGUAUAUAAAUAAUCCUAAAACAAUUGACUUUAUUUCGCAGUACAAUUUACUUUCAGAGUUUAGCAAAAUUUCAUCAAAUUUUUUACUUCCUAGCCUUCCAAGGUUUAGAAAAAAAAUUAGCCGUCGUAAAUCUUUUUAUAAACGCGCAAAAUGGAAACACAUUUUUUUAUUUACAAGAAUUAUUAAUUCAAAUGAUUGUUUUAUUUAUAACAAAGAAGUUAAAGAUUUUGUUUUGCACAGAGAACCAAGAAAAAUAUUAAAUUAUAGUAACAAUAAUUUUUUACAGUACUCAGACAAAGAUUCGUUUGUACUCACUCUUGGUUCAGGAUGUGCAAUUCCAUCAAAAUAUAGAAAUGUAAGUUGUUUACUUGUUUCGAUAAAAAGCAAAGUUUUUUUAUUUGAUUGUGGUGAAGAUUCUUUAAAUCAACUGCUAAGGCUUAAUGGAUCUUAUAAAGUUUUACAAAAAAUCGGUACAAUUUUUAUUAGUCACUCACAUGGAGAUCAUAACCUAGGCCUUGUAAAUUUAUUGAGUAAAAUAAAACAUAAAGUUAAUCUUUUUGCUCCACAAUGUAUUUUAGAUUUUGUAUCGCUAUUUAACGAAAACAUUAAAUGUUUUGCAACGGACAGCGCAAAAGAAUUAGAACAAAAUUAUUACAAAUCUGUCGAUAAAAAAAGUAUUGAUAAUUACAUUUUACACUUUACAUUAGAUAAUUUUGUUUUUGUUUCAAUCUGUGGUUGUAAACAUAAUCUUGAUUCUUGUUCAGUAUCAAUUGAAUAUAAAAAUAUCAAAAUUUCAUAUUCAGGUGACACUAGACCAUCAUGUUUAUUUGCAGAUAUGGCUUGUAAUUCAGAUAUUCUUAUACAUGAAUCUACCUUUGAUAACGAAAAUGAGGAGAAAGCAAUAAAAACAAAUCAUUCUACACUUAAUGAUGCAUAUAAUAUAUUUUUAAGAUCUAAAUCUAAGGUUCUUUUGCUAACACAUUUUAGUCAAAGAUAUUCAAAAAAAUUUGAUACUUAUACACUUGGUAUACCUUGUUACGAUUUUUAUAAAUAUACUCUUGGAAAAAGUAAAACAAUAAAAGAACUAGAUGAAUUUUCGAAAAACAUGUAA